AGGGGAGGGAGAGAAAGAGAGAAAGAGAUAGAGAAAGAGAAAAAGGAGAACUGACGUACUUGUAGUAAGCUUCAGACGCGCGUUGUGCGUGUACGUGUUCGUAUGUGUUGUGAAUAACGUAGUGUCAGUGACUCUUAAAUCUAAUAUAUUACUCUCCUUCGUCUCAUUCGAGUCGCCGCAAUGAAGUCCUGAAGCAAUUUAACGUUGAACCAUUUUCGAAAGAGAAAGAGAAAGAGAGAAAUAGACAUAUAUCUAUAUAUCUAUAUAUAUAUAUAUAUAUGUAUAUAUAUAUGUGUGUGUAUAUAUAUAUAUGUUUAUACGAAGGAACAUUCUAAGCGUUGGAAAUCGAAAACAUCGACCAUUUCUAUACACAACAAAAUGCAGAGAUCCACGGAACAGCUGACACGGUGCAGUACGACUUCGUUGGAACAAAGUACGCCAAGUGAUAAGGAGGGUAACACGGUGAAUGAACAGACGAUACCCAAGAUCAUGAGCGUUUGUAAGAACACGAUACGCUGGGUACUCCUGAUCGAUAUCCUGAUAGCAUUAACAGCGCACGCAUCACUUUUCUUUUGGGAUAAAAUGACACUGCAAAAUGCAUCCGAUUCGCAUAACGAAGAAAAAUGGAAACACAAAAUCGUUCGUAAUUGGAAGAAGAUAGUUGCAUUGUCAUCCCAACGACGUAAUCAGUACAGCUUCCUGAUCGUGCUUAUGGGAUUAUUAGAAUUUGGAAAAUUUCCACGCAAUCAGAUCGGCUUUCUUUGUAACGAUCCAAAACUUUCGUUCAAAUUUAUGGGGGAUACCAUCUCCGUUCUUGUUUUACUUAGUGUCACCACUCUUAUGCCGAUCGUUGUGAUGUGGGUCACAGAAUACACGUGUCAUGCUAGAAAUUGUUACGAUAAGGAAACGGAGUGUAACGAAUCAAGAUUAAAGCAAGUUUGGUUUUGGUAUGGCCAUUAUACAAUAGGAAUUGUCGCACUUGUUGUUGGUUGUAGCAUUAUGAAGGUUGUCAUCGGAGAACCCAGGCCACAUUUCUUUGAUACAUGUCAACCAUUAGAAGCUCAAAAUUGCACCAACGAGUAUAUCGAGUCGUAUACUUGCACGAAUUCGAUCGAUUCGAAUUGGUUCAUAGAGGAUUCGAGUAAAUCUUUUCCAUCGGCUCACUCGGCUCUUUCUGUGUUCACGUCGAUUUUUAUUGCUAGUUAUCUGCAAGAACGUAUGACGGACAAAACCUUACUUAUGAAGGCAUGGUUUCAAUUCUUGAUAUCAACAUGGACAGUAAUAUGUUCGUUGAGUAGAAUUGCAGAUCACAGACACCAUUGGUGGGACGUUUUGGCCGGUUUAAUUAUAGGAACGAUCACUGCCAUCUUAGUCGUGAUAUUUCGAGUUAACUUAUUCCGUUUGGAAAGAAAAACAUCGUCCGAACGAGUUAAAAGUGAUUUCAUUGGUAACGAGCAAGUUGCUUGUUUCGAUGAGAAAAAUUAUCAGAGUAAAAAAAAAUUAGUGAAUAGUGCUCACAACAUCGACAUUCCCGAAGACCGUGAAUUGCGUGAUAUCACGGUAUCUUGGAAAGAAUGAUAGCAAUGAACGAAGAAAAUGAAAAUGUGACAAACUGUGCUCGAUGGAAACGAGGAGAAAAAAUAGAACGUUGCGUUUUUCUUACUUUUUUUUUUUUUUUUUUUUUAAUCGAAUAAAAUAUUUUUAAUAAUUCGCUGAAUUAAUCAUUAAUAAUUAUCCACAAUGGAAGGAAGGGGAUGUAUUUGAUAGUCCAACAACAUCCCCAUAAUAAGAUAUCGUUAUCGAAACGCAAUGCAAAUACAUAGUACCUUCUUAGUCGUAAAUCAUAUAUCUACAUAUAUACGGCUAUAAUUUUAGCUUCAUCCAUAACAUAUAGUAUUUCAUUCUUAAUCGUAAAACGGGCACGUGUUAUUAAUAGCACCGCGAUUAACAAAUAUUUUUUUUCUUUUCUUUUUUCAUUUUUUUUUUCUUUUUUUAUUUUUUUUUAUAGAGAGAACAACGAUAUCGAUCGACGAAAGUAAAUAUCGAUUGAUCGUUAAUGGGUAUCCAUGUGGAGUCAUAUUUUUUUUUGUCCUUUUAGAAAUAACUAAUCUAUCGUGUGCCGUCCCUUCCUGUAAGGAUGAUGAAUUUUCGCGUUUUUAUAGUUCACCGAUAAGAUAUAUAAUACAUUUGAAAACCGUUCAUACGCCUCCGUCAUAUGUAAUAUAUCAUCUUUUAAUACACAUCGAUAAAGAAUAUUUUUCCAUGUAGAUUUUGUAGGGAUAUAUAUAUAUAUAUAUUCUGUCGUUAACUGAUAAAUCGCGAAAUUGUGUAUAUUAUUUUUUUAUCCUAAAGUAUUCCAAUAUGUAAGUAUAUAUGGAUAUAGUUAUAGAUACGAAUAUUUGUUGGAAUACUAACAUCGUGAAAAGACAGAACGUAAAGACAGAAUACAUUCGUAGGAUUUAUGAUUUUGCGUACGAUACUUUAUUAAAAUCAUUCGAAUAUAAAUUAUCAUUGUCGGUUUUGCCUGUGUAAAAUUGCGAUAUGUAUAAUAUAAAAUAUUAGAUGAUACAAUAGAUACAUAUUUUGUUAUUGUUGUUGUUGUUGGUUGCUUGAAUAUGUUCCUUUAAGUAUUAACUAAACGAAAAUCAACUAAUUAAAAGUAGUAUCUAUCUUCUCGUUAAUAUUAUUUACUGUAAUGUAAUUUAUCUUUAAUUUAAUAAAAGAAAUCAAUUAGAUUGAAAUGCGUGUACUUGAAGAGGAAUAAAAAAAAGGAAAAGAAAAAUAAUCAUUUAAAGUAACAUUCCAAUUAUGCUUAAGUUUUUACACGUUUAUUUAACAUUUAUUUGUGUAUGUAUACAUUAUUCCUAAAGCAGAUUUUGCAUGAGAGUAUUUAAAAAAAUAAAUAAAUAAAACAAACAAACAAACCAGAAAAUCUAAUUUUUCUUCUAUCAACUUUAUGUCAUCGACGUUUAAAUACAAAGAUCUGGGACGAAAUGUUCUCAAAAUAUAUAUGUACAUCCAAAACUUCAUAGUGCAUGUAAUCGUAUUAAAGCUGAAAUAUUAUAUGUAGGACCAAUAAGAUUGUGAACAAAAGUGAUAGUAUUAAAUAUUACGAAAUACAGAUAUAAUAAUAAAAAAAAAAAAAAAAAAAACGUAACAGCGCCGUCCCAAUAAUUAACUUUUUCGAUUGGUGCUUUCACUAUAUAUUAUAAAGCUUAAAAAACAACCGAGAGAACGCAUAACGAUAAGUAAAAAAAAAUAUUAGACAAAAAAAAAUUCCAAAAGCAUUAGACUGAUACCGCACAAAUCGACUUUAGCGCAAAACAAAAACAGAGUCAAUUUUUAAUA